CCGGCGGCGGCCAUGGGGGCGGCGGGGCCGGGCCGCUGCGGGCGGGACCCGUGCGGGGCGCUCUGCCUGCUGCUCACCUACCUGAGCGUGGGCUACGCCGACUACGUCAUCCUCACCCACAUCCUGCUGCAGCCGGGCUUCCGGGGCAGCCUCUGGUGUCCCUUCCAUGCCGUGAUGUUUAACCUCAUUGUCCUUCUGUUGCUGGCCUGUCACACGCGAGCUGUCUUUGCUGAUCCAGGCAUGGUCCCGCUGCCCGAUACCGCCAUCGACUUCUCUGACCUGCGCAGCAACACGCCCCACAAGAGCGAGCGGAGCAAUGAGGACUGGACUGUGUGUAACCGCUGUGAGACGUACCGCCCGCCGCGGGCGCACCACUGCCGCAUCUGCCACCGCUGCGUCCGCCGCAUGGAUCACCACUGCCCCUGGAUCAACAACUGCGUUGGCGAGUUAAACCAGAAAUACUUCAUCCAGUUCCUCUUCUACACUGGGCUGGCUAGUCUCUAUGCCAUGGGGCUGGUGUUAACCACGUGGCUGUGGCCGGUGGACAGGAGCUUCCCCGGGAAGAUGGAAGGUGUGGCUGGAGGCGUCUCUAACAACCAUGUCCAGAUGGCUCACUGCAUCGUCCUGCUGGUGGAGUCCAUCCUCUUCGGGGUCUUCGUCACCGUCAUCUUCUAUGACCAGGUGGUCUCUAUCAUCAUGGAUGAGACUCCGAUCGAGCAGCUGCGGAACCGGCUGCUGAAGGAGGCGCGCCGGGAGGUGGCACACACCCGGAAGCCGAAGAUCGCGCUGCUGCGGGAGGUGUUUGGACGGGGCUUCGUGAUCUGCUGGUUUUUCCCAUGUAACUGCAGCCCCCCAUCAGGCGGGGCCCCUGCCUACAGCUAUCUGCCCAACUACGAUGUGUGACCUCCAUGGCCCCUCUGCAGACGCUGCCUCUUCCCCCUCGGGGAGGGGACUUGUCCUGCUGGUGGCUUUGCAGAACUUGCCGCCAAACGGCUCAUUUAGGCCUGCCCAGCUGCCCCCUGGUGGCAGCCUGGGGCCAGGGUGCAGCUGCAGCGCCCGACUCUGCUGGGUCUGCCGUGCCCGGCCCUGCGACUCCUCCUGGGACAUGGUGCUCCUGCGAAGCUGAGAUCGUGAGCUGUGGAGGGGCACUCUCCAGCCCCCUGCGCCAGACUCCCUGCAGCGCCUGGCUGCCCAGCGGGUCCCGGCGCCCGGGGCAUGGAGAGCGAUCGCCUAGGCAGGGUGGGCCCCGUGCAUGACCCUUCCCCUGGAUCAGUGUUAGUGCUGGGGGGCUGCCCCCCGAGGCUGCAGUCUGACGCCCCCCUCUUGCCACAACUGCAUCUGGAUCCUAGCCCCCUCCCUGUGCCUGCCUCCCUGGAGCUGGGCACCCUGCCCCCAGCUGCCAGCACCUCGCUGCCCGGGGAUGGAGCCCGUUGUUCUCUGCUCCUGGCCAGGGAGGGAUGGCACCACUUGUACAUAGCCCUGUGUGGCAUUACCAGCGCGCUCGGCUCUGGGCGCCUGCUCUGUGUGUGUGUGUGUGUCUGUCUGUCUGUUUACGGUAGCUGAACUCGCUUGUGCCCAGGCAAAUCGGAGCUCCUGUUCUUGGCCCUGGCAGCAGCCUCUGCUGACUCGGAGCCUCCCCACGCCGUCCCCAGGGGGAUGGCCUGCUCCAUAUCACGGCGGUGGGGGAGGGGGCGUUGGCACCCCUCGCUGGUGGCUCCCUCCAGCCCAGCAGGCAGUGUUACUAUUUAUUAGGUGUAUUACGGUAGCGCCUAGGAGCCCCAAUCCUGGCCAGGAUCCCUGGUGCCAGGGGCUGUACAAACACAGAACAGAAAGAUGGUCUCUGCCCCAAGGAGCUCAGUCUGAGACAGGAGCUGGUGCAGACAGAUGGAGGAGGCAGCAGCUAGAGCACUGGACUGGGGGAUCUUGGGGAGGUCACUUCCCCCUUUGAUGCCUCAGUUUCCUCAUCUGUAAAAUGGGCAUAAUGAUAGCCCCUCCCAUUGUAAAGCAGGUGGAGAUCUGCUGAUGAGAAUUGCUAGACAAGAGAUAGGUGGUGUGAUAAGGACUGAGGCAGGGCAGUGGGACCGGCAGUGCUCUCCGCACGCCAGCAGCAUAACCCAAGUGUUUUCUGCAGGCAGCACCCCAAAGGGGGUUUGAAGGAGGAUGAAGAGGGUGUGGAUGUGUAUGGGGAGCUCCUCCUCCUCCCCCCAAGCAGGAGGGGCAGCCUGGGGGAUGCACCAAGGGGCUUGGUUGGCGCUGGAGGCUGGCAGCACAGGCUGAUGAGAGGCGGGAGUGACUCCACAUCUCCAUAGCGUAUGGGAGACGCCAGGUGGGUGGGGACAGGCUGGGAAGGGAAGACGAAGAAGGGGGUGCCAGGGAAGGUGCCCAGCGCAGGGACGUGACUCCUCUCGAGGGAGCUGGCAUUGCCGUUCCCCAGAGGACAUUUGUCCUGCAGUGGCUGGGCCUGGCCCCCUCCCCUGGGGCUGCCUAGGGCAAGCGAGAGCAGGGUUCUUGGCUGCGGGAUGCCAUGGACCAAGUGGGGAGCCAGCCACACGCCGGAGGAGCUAUGCUGCGUGGCAGGGCCCUGGAGCCGCCUCCCCCAUCCCUGGCCGGCAGAGCGGUUCCUGGCUAGCUGUGCCUAGUGCCAGGGGUGCCAGAGUCUCUGCUGGCUGCACGCUGCCCUGUGUGUCUGCCUCGGUGUCCUGUGUGCGAGGCCCCCAGCAUGGCUACUGCAUCCCAAGGGCCUGGCCUGGCCUCCCCUCUUCCUGGGGGUCUCUUUGGCUCUGGUGUGUGGCAUACAGGGGUGCCAGGGAGCGGGUGCCUUGCUGCCCUGGCAAUUGCUGGGGGCUGCUGCUGCCGCCCCCGAGUGGCGGCUCUGCCCAUGGCCCUGCAGGUGAUGAACCUUUUCCAGGGGCUGCCCGGCUGCCCUGCUGCCUCGGUUUCCACUCCAGGCUCCCCUGCCCAGUGGCACAGGCCGGGCCAGGGCAGGGAGCUGGGACCCUGCCAAGGGAAGGAAGGUCCCUGGAAGAUGUGGGCAAGCCAGCCUGGCACUCAGGUGAGGGCAGGGCUUGUGGUGAAGCCUUGCCCAGCUCCCAGCUGCUCCCCCAGGCUGGCCUGGCUUUCCCCAGAGCCCACCUCUUGGUGGGGCGCUGGUGACUCUCCUUGGGCCCUGAGUGCCGGGAGCUCUGGGCUGGGUGCACUUGGGCACCAUUGCUGGGGGCUUAGUGUGCGGCGAUCUGCCCUGGCGUAACCGGCCAAGCCCUUGCUCCCCACAGGGCGGGGGUGGGGAGCCAGGGCCCUACGGCGGAGGCGGUUGGUGGUGUAGCCUCGCUCCUGGCUAACCCGCCAGCUCCCUCAGCCCGGUGCAUGUUAGCGGGACGCUGCCGGGUUCGGACAGCCCUUUGGCCUGACUCCUGCAAGCUGUGAAUAAACCCUGCCUGGGAACUGCUCAAGA